CAGAAGCUUUAACCCACUGAGCCACCCAGGUGCCCCUACCCUGUCUUCCUUGAUCCACAGUGUUUGCUGGAAGCAAGUCACUGAGUCGACCCUCACCGAGGGCGGGGGUUGGAGGGAGGUGAGGCUCCGCCUCCUGGAGGACCGGCAUGGACCGGUUCGCAUGUGUGUUAAACCAGGUGCUCAGAGGCAUGACCAACGUCCUGCCUCUCCUUGGAGUCUCCCCAGUAACGGAGUGUGUGCGGAGUGUGAUGGGUCUUGUCUGCAGGGAGGGCUACUGGGGUGUUCCCGGGGUGAUUUUCUGCUAAUGGGGGGCAGGUGGUUUUUUUGAAGUUUUCAUCCAGGAAUCCAGAUCAAGCCCCUCCCAAGUGUCCAGUAAAUGGCCCCCAUUCCUUCCUCAUGAGUCUGCAUGAGAAUUUCAACCUUACGUGUGUGUGACGUCACCCAGAGUGGGCAGGCCGCUCACCUGUGGUGGGUGGGCACACAGUGGGGACCACUUCAGGAUGUUGUCACUGGGGGCCAGCGCUGGGCACUCAGCACGCUGGAAAUAGCCUGUUCAGUCCCCGUGGCAGGGGGCAGGGACCUCCGGGUGGAACUGGGCUCUGUCCCUGACGCAGCGUGGACAAGCGGGGGUUUGUGGCAAGGGAGCAGGAGGGGUCAGCGGAUGCGCAUUCGCCAAGAGGACACAUCGGGGCGGGGGGCUCUGGCCAAACUGAAGUGAUGGGGCUGGUGCUGCAGACAGGCUGGGUGACUCCCCCCACCCCCCCACCUGGCUGGGGUUUGGAGAGACCGGCCAGCGCUCCAGGGCGAUCGGACACAGGGGCUCUUGCUAAAACUGGGUGAUGCAGAACCGAACUCAGAAGCCCAGAUGCCACAGCCUGGCUGAAAGGAGGGCUCAGAGUGACCCAGCUUUGUUUGGGCCGUAUAUAUAGCAAUAGAUGUCAGGGAGAGAGUCAGGGAGCCGGAUGGGCUGCGGGAAGGCUGACACGAAUCUGAGACGUGCCCGGGGCCUGGGCGCCUGUGGGCGUCAGAACUGAGCCAUCCAGAGUUCGAGCCUGGGUGGUCCCUCCGGGUUGAAUGGUGUCCCCCGCAGAGUUCCUGUCCCCCGGAACCUUAGGAUGUGAGCUUAUUUGGAAAUAGGAUCUUUGCAGAUGUUGUUAGUGAAGGUGAGAUCAUACUGGAGUAGGCGGGCCUAAUCCAAGGACUUGGUGUCCUUAUAAGAAGAGAGACACAGAACCGAGAGACAGCCGCGUGACCACAGGGGCAGAGACUGCGGGGACGUGGCCACAAGCCCAGGGCCAGCUGGCGUGCCCAGAACCUGAGUAGGCAGGAAGGAUCCUCUUCGGGAGCUGUUGGAGGGGCACAGCCCUGAAACCUUGAUCCAACUUGUGGUGCUCUGCGGGCUCUGGAAGCUGCUUUCCCAGGAGAAGAGGAUGGCUACUGGGUACCUGUCCCCCAGACCCCAGGAGUCGCUGUCCUGGGAAGAUGUGGCCGUGGACUUCUCCCGCGAGGAGUGGGCGAUGCUGGGUUCUGCGCAGAGACGGCUCUACAGAGAGGUGAUGCUGGACACCUGCGCCCACUUGGCUACCCUGGGAGCGUUGAAGAACCAGAGUUCCGACACAGGCGUUGACGAUGGCGACGGCACACUUUCCCCAGCACAAGCCUCUCAGGCCACCAGUCCUUCCCCAGGGGUGGGGUGUCCACUCUUUCUACCAGUGGUGCCUUUCCACUGGGAACCAGGAGAAGCUGUGUGGAUGGGGGCACGAGGAACUCCCCAAACCUCCUGUUCAGAUUUGGAGACUAGUCUGAAAAGCCAAGAUUCGGUUUAUAAGAAGGUGGUUUUGGAGGAAGAACCAGCCGGUGGCACGGAUGCCAGAAAGCUCCCCAGAGAAGACUGGGAAUGUGGUCAACUUGAGAAGAACCACGAAGACUCCUGCAGGCUUCUGAGGCAAAUGGCGUACGCCCAGGCGGAGGCAUUUGCUCCAAAGGAGGCCACUGCCUGGCACGCAUUUGGGGAAACCUGUAGCACGGACUCAGACCGUGCUUUGUCACAAGGAGGUUUUAGAGGAGGACGUUUCCAUGACUGUGAUCUUGAUAUUGAGAGUCUGGUAGCCGAUCCAUUUUUAAAACACCAUCGGGUGGGGUAUUCAGACCAGAGGCCGUGUGAAGGCAAGGAAUACGGAAAAGACAUCAGCCCAGACGGUCCCCUUGGUCAGCACGAAAGGAUGGGAACUUGUGUGUACCCAGAAAGUGGGGAGUCAUUUAAUCAUAGUAUGGCUCUUAUGACCCACAACGCGGCGGGGAAACCCUAUGAAUGCUACCACUGCGGGAAAAUGUUUAAUCGGAGGCAUUCCCUGAGUGAGCAUCAGAGAAUACAUACUGGGGAGAGACCCUAUGAGUGUCAGGAAUGUGGGAGAGCCUUUACGCACAGCUCAACCCUCACGCGGCACCUGAGAACUCAUACUGGAGAGAAGCCCUACGCAACGCAUACUGGAGAGAAGCCCUACGAGUGUAACGAGUGUGGAAAGGCCUUCAGUGAUCGCUCCUCGCUCAACCAACACGAGCGAACUCACACCGGGGAGAACCCCUAUGAAUGUAAUCAGUGUGGGAGAGCCUUCAGCCAGAGGUCUUCCCUCGUUAGGCACCAGAGAACUCACACUGGAGAGAAACCGUACAGCUGUCCUGAGUGUGGGAAAGCCUUCAUCUCUGUGCAUCAUUCCUCCCUCAAGAGCCACGUCGCCGUGCACACUGGGCACAAACCGUAUCAGUGUCAGGAGUGCGGGCGGGCCUAUAGUUGUCGGUCACACCUGCGAAUGCAUGCGAGGACCCACAACAGAGAGAGAACCUAUGCAUGUAAAUUAUGUGGAAAAACCUUUCCUCGUACUUCAUCCCUCAACCGGCACAUAAGGAUUCAUACUGCCGAGAAGACUUACGAGUGUCAACAGUGUGGGAAAGCCUUCAUCGACUUUUCCAGUCUUACCAGUCAUGUGAGAACUCACACAGGAGAGAAACCCUAUAAAUGUAAGGAAUGUGGGAAAGCUUUCAGUUACUCCUCAACUUUUCGAAGGCACAUGAUAACACACACGGGAGAGAAGCCCUAUAAGUGUAAGGAAUGUGGGGAAGCCUUCAGCUAUUCCUCAACGUUUCGAAGACACAUGAUCUCACACACGGGGGAGACACCCCACAAAUGUAAGGAAUGUGGAGAAGCCUUCAGUUACUCCUCUGCAUUUCGAAGGCACAUGAUAACGCACACGGGAGAGAAGCCCUAUGAAUGUAAACAGUGUGGGAAAACCUUUAUUUACCUGCAGUCCUUCCGGAGACACGAAAGGAUUCACACCGGAGAGAAACCCUACGCAUGCAGGCAAUGUGGGAAAACCUUCAUUUAUCCCCAGUCCUUCCGAAGACAUGAGAGGACUCACGGUGGAGAGAAACCCUACGAAUGUAGCCAGUGUGGGAAAGCAUUCAGCCAUCCCUCGUCCUUCCGAGGACACAUGAGAGUGCACACCGGAGAGAAACCUUACGAAUGCAAUCAGUGUGGGAAAACUUUCAACUGGCCCAUAUCCUUACGAAGACACAUGAGGACACACAUGAGGGAGAAACCCUAUGAAUGCAAACAGUGUGGGAAAGCCUUCAACUUGUCAGCUUGCUUUCGGGAACACGUGAGAAUGCAUCCUGGAGACAAAUCAUAUCAGUGCAAGCUUUGUGGGAAAGCGUUCUAUUGCCACCUGUCCUUACAAAAACAUAUGAGGAGGCACACUGCAGAGAAACUCUACGAAUGCAAGCAGUGUGGCAAAGCUUUCAGCUGGCCUGAACUCUUGCAGCAGCACGUGAGGACACACACUGCUGAGAAACCCUACGAGUGUAAGGAGUGUGGGAAAGUCUUCAAAUGGCCCUCGUCUCUGCCAAUACAUAUGCGAGUCCACACUGGAGAGAAGCCUUACGAGUGUAAGGCGUGUGGGAAAGCCUUCACUUGUUCCUCGUCCUUAAGAAGACACAUGAGGAUACACACCACUGAGAGACACUACUUCGGGGAUGCGGGAAACUCUCCCGCCAAUGAAUUCAUGCCUCAUGCGUCAGGAAAUCCACACCAGGAGAAAGAUCUUACCCAGCCUGUAAAUAUGGUACCGCCUUUGUGACGACCUCAUCAGAGUGGACCUACGGGCCGUGUAUCUCCAGUUCUUUUACAGAUGAACAGUUAGGGGAGAACUAGCUCUCCAAGUAUUCUGUGAGCUCUCAUUCAGAAUUUUGCAGGUGGUGUUUCUUCCCUACAUUUCCAUAAAUAAACCUUCUAUCUUUAUGGCUUGUUGGACUCAUGGGGAUUUGAAGUGUGUUUUUAUUAUGUAAGUAGUUUUAAUUUCUUUGUUCUUUGAAUUCUUGAAGGGGUUUUUCGUAUUUUUUGGGAUUUUCUUACUGAGUUAAUGUGGCAGAUACUGGAUAUCACCU